GUGAAAAGGCCAGGUGAUCGCAACGUAAAAUGCACCAUACUGCUGUUGCUGGAUUACCAGCCGAUGCGAUUCAAACUGCAUCCACGUCUGGCAAAAGUUCUUGGAAUGGCCACUGAAACACGCCCAAAAAUCAUUGAAGCACUUUGGCAAUACAUCAAAACACACAGACUGCAGAUUUUUGGUACAAAACGUAUGCGUUUCAUGGAAAUUCCGCAACGUCUGCAGAAUUUGCUGCAUCAGCCCGACCCGCUGGUUCUUCAUCAUACCAUAAAACACAACGAAGGAAGCGACAAAAAUACUGUUUGCUAUGACAUUGAUGUGGAAAUGGAAGAUCCGCUGAAGGCGCAGAUGACAUCGUUCCUUCACAGCCAUGCAAAUAUGCCGGAUAUCAGUGCAUUGGAUCAAAAAAUUUUUGAUAUUGUGGAACAGAUCAAUGAAUGGAAACUUCGACGAGAUUUCUACGUUCGGUUUGCGGACAGCCCACAGGAAUUCAUACGCAAAUGGCUUAUUUCUCAGAGCAGUGAUUUAAAGACAAUGACAGAAGUGGUCGGUGACAAUGAAGUGGAACGUCGUGCGGAAUAUUUCCAUCAGCCGCAAAUUUUGGAAGGCAUUUUUCGCUAUAUCUAUCAGAAAGUGCUGCAAAAACGCGCUGAACUUGAGAGUACAUUGGGUAUUAAAAGUAACUGA